AUACUUGACUAAGGCAACUUGGGUAUUUUCUACAGAUCCUGCCAUGACGGGCAUCAUUGCCGGUCUUGUUCAGUUAUUCUUCGCAUGGAGGAUUUUAGUCUUGACUACCAAUGUUUGCUUAUGCGGUAUUGUUGUGCUUCUCGCUCUUCUUGGAACCGCCGGUGGAAUAGCCACUGCUGCAGAAUGCGGGAUCAUAUCUCAAUUUGUUCAGUUUCAGAGAUUUCAAGACGCUGUCACCAUCUGGCUAGCAUCCGAAUGCUCGUGCGAUCUUGUUAUCACAUUUUUUCUAGUUCGCCAUCUGUUUCGAAGACAAAAAACAGGAUUCAAGCGUUCAGAUGACGUGGUUGACAGGAUCAUUCGGAGUGAGCAUAUACUUUCAAUGGCUUUGAUUUUAUCUGGCAACUCCAUACAGUCACCGUCCAAACAGGCUUGAUCACGUCUAUCUGCGCGCUAGUCGACCUGAUAACGUAUUUCCAAGAGGAAUCUUUACACAAACUCUCUCAUGAGCAGUCUCAACUCGCGAGAGUCGCGCCAGGAACCAACAGCAUCAGCACCAAAUACACUCUCCUCCGCUAAUACCACCGCGUACAAACAUACUCAAUAUUCCUCUACCCGGCCCUC